AGGCCGCUCAGGGAUGACCGCCGUUUCUGCGCUGCCACAGCCUCGUCAUGACACGAUGGUUUGAUAGCCAGAGACCCUCAGUAUGAUAGGUGGGUGUCCAUGGGACUUGUUUAACCGUGCAUAUAAACACGGAACAAUAUUGCUGUCGUGUGCUAUUUACUCUAACGCCUCUCGUCUUGAUUCCUUCACUGAAGAUUUUACCUCACAAUGGAUGAGAGCAAUCUCACCGUUCAAUUCAAGAUUGAACCAAAUAUUAUUCCUGCGACAGCCAUCCGAAGAUCAGGGCAGUAUCCUGAUAUUGUGGGAGGGUUUGGCGAUAUCUGGAAAUGUUCCAUGUCUACACAAUCUGAGGCCCGUGCUGUCGCGGUCAAAUCUAUCAGGCUUCUUUCGGAAGAUGCGACAAUGUUGAAAAAAAUAGGCAAGAGGAUUCGCCGCGAGGUCUAUGUUUGGGUACGAUUGUUGCACGACAACAUUCUCCCUCUGGAGGGUGUUACCGAAGGGUUUGGGCCUCUUCCCGCGUUUGUCACUCCAUGGAUGGAAAAUGGAUCACUCAAUGACUAUUUGAAACGGGAAGUUGGCCUUUCGUGGGAAAGGAAGUUAAGCAUGGUAAGGGAAGUAGCAGUUGGUCUUCAGUAUUUGCAUGAAAAUGGGAUUGUUCAUGGUGACAUAAAUGAUACCGAUAUCCUAGUCAGUAGUGACGGGAGGCUCUGUCUCGGGGGCUUUGGUCUCUCGAUGAUCCUCGCAGAAUCAAGUAACACUAUAUUUAAAUCAGGUUACGCCGGUAAUAUCCGGUGGAUGGCGCCGGAGCUACUUCAAGUUGGGGAGGAGGAGGUGGUUAGCAAGCCAACCAAGGCCAGCGAUAUUUACUCGUAUGGCUGUAUCAUGAUGCAGGUAUUUUCCGGUCAUCAACCUUUUGCCCAUAUGAAGAGCACUAUCCACAUUAUGGCAGCACUUGAAAAGGGGCACAUACCAUUCGCACAAUUGGCUGGUAUCGACGAAGAAAUACAGCGAUUUGUGCAACUAUGCUGGUCAAAGAACAGGGAAUACCGCCCGUCGGUCGAAAAAAUCGUGGAGUUCUUAUGGUCACAAACAAAUAUCGCGGAGACUAUGAAGACGAUGCUGUCGCAACUUCCAGUCACAGUGACACGAAUAUCGCAAGCAGUUCUCACGAAGUGCGAUUAUCAUUCCGAUGGUUUUGACGUACCUGGUGCGCCUUUGAAAUGCAAGUGGGUGCAAGGAUCAACUGAGACCGAGGUCGCCGUCAAGACUUUGAGGGAUAAUGUUGACAGUUACAAUGAUAUGAACAAAAUAUUGAAUAGGAUUCGUCGUGAGAUGUAUGUCAGGGAAAGGUUGAGGCACGAGACCAUCCUUGCCCUCUAUGGAAUGACUGAUGGCUUUGGCAUUCUCCCCUCCUUUGUAUACCCAUGGAUGGCAGGCGGUUCGUUGCACGAGUACGUGAAACGAGAGUUCUCCAAUUUAUCUGCCCAUCGGAAGCUGGAUAUUCUACUGGAGGUGGCGCAUGGGAUCGAAUAUCUACACAAGCAGGACGUUGUGCAUGGCAAUUUAACGGGUGACAACAUUCUCCUCAACGGCUCAGGCCGUGUGCGCAUUGCAGACUUCAGUCACUCGGUAAUCCUGGGUGAAGCAGAUAGUCGGAUGUUCAAAGAGCAGCUCCCGGGAGAUGUAAGGUACAGUGCACCCGAGUCUAUUUUCACUGGCGGCCGGACGGGAGCACCAAAGCCGACCAAAGAAGGAGAUGUGUACUCAUAUGGCUGCGUCGCAAUUCUGGUAUUGUGGGGAAAGGUGCCGUACUGGUGGAUUUCUGAGGAAGAUCAAGUGCAUACGAAGAACAGAAAAAAGAGAAAAAACAAGGGCGCACGUCCUUUUCGUUCUACUGGGGAGGUUGAUGAAGUGCACAUGAACUUGAUGCAGCAGUGCGUUUCGGCAGAGAAAUCCCGUCCUUCAAUCGAGAAGGUUAUCCACUUAGUUUUAGUCCAAAGUUUCGGUGCUGCCGAUCUGACGAACUCGGUCAAACGACUCAACAAUGUCCACCAGAACUCCGGAGGAUUUGCAAAUGUUCAUAGGUGCAAACUUGAUCUGAGAGGCACUGGUGCCGUCCAACAAGUUGUUUUCCGCUACCAGUAUCCUUCCAAGUCAACUUCUGUUGACGUCGCAGUCAAGGAAAUCAUUUUGAAAGGCGAUGCAGACAUGUUGACGAUUAUCAAUCGAUUGUUCAGAGAAAUUAAGCUAUGGUUGGAACUUGAGCACGAGAAUAUCGUUCCUCUUUGGGGAGUUGCAGAUGACUUUGGUUCCCUCCCAGCACUUAUCUCGCCAUGGUUGGAAAAUGGUGCGCUGACUGGAUACAUUCAGCGUGAGCACGAAAGGCUUUCUUACAACAAGAAGUUUGCUCUGGUUCGGUCAAUUUUCUAUCUCAUCAUAAUCAGCACGCUGAGGUCUCUUUAGCUCAAGGACAUAGCUCAAGGGCUUCAGUAUCGUAAGUUUAAUAUCUUGUUGUUGAUGCGAGAGUCCACUAACGGCAGUGCAUUCGCGGUCAAUUACCCAUGGUGACUUAAGUGGCAACA